UCUCUUUUCUUGUCUCUAUCUCCCCUCUCCUUCAUUUUCUUCUCUCUAUAUAUCCAUUCAUCAUUUACACACCUUCUCACCUGCUUUUUUUAUUCACUCUCUCAGAUAUUCAGUUAUUAAUAUACUCUGAGACGCUCAUAUUUUCUCACCGGAUUUCUCGCCGGUGAUUCGCCGCCGGCCGCGAUUUUCUCGGAAGAGUUUGUUACUUUUUCACAGUAAUUUAUAUAUCGUUAUAAAUGACGGAGAGUGUGCGCGAAUAUAUUCUACACAUUUGAUUCGGAGUUCUCGUAUGAUCUCUGCGGAAUAUUCGCGAACUUGAGUUGCGAUUUGGAGAAUCAGUUCUCAAACCAAGUCUCGGAACAGAAGGGGGAGAAAUGCUGACGUGUAUUACAUGUUCGAAACAAGUAGAUGAGGGAGGAGAUGAAGGCGUGAGGGGGACUCCCAGUACAAAAGAAGCCGUCAAAAGCCUGACGGCGCAGAUCAAGGAUAUAGCAUUGAAAAUUUCAGGAUCUAGUAAGCAGAGCAAGCCUUUCUCCCCAAGCUUCAGGAAAGGACAAAGACCGUACCCUGAUUUUGAUACCAUUUCAGAAGGUGUACCAUACCCCGACUUGCAACCUGGAAGCUCAAAUUCUACACCUGCCUGGGAUUUCACCAGCACUGGCUACAACACAUCCCAUGGAUUCGAAUCAAGGUUUGCUAGAGAAGCAAGGGGCCCAGGUGGUUCAGAAUCAGCUCAGUCUGGUGAAGUCUUUUUGGAAAAUGAGGAUGAACCGAAAGAGUGGAUAGCGCAAGUGGAGCCUGGUGUUCAGAUUACUUUUGUGUCUCUUCCUAAUAAUGGGAAUGAUCUCAAACGGAUUCGCUUCAGCCGGGAGAUGUUUAAUAAAUGGCAAGCUCAGAGGUGGUGGGGUGAGAACUAUGAUAGGAUUAUGGAGCUCUACAAUGUCCAAAGAUUUAAUCGUCAAGCUUUUGGCACUCCCUCUGCCUCCGAGGAUGGGAGAGAUUCUUCUUAUUCAAGACUUGGAUCAGCCAGAGAAAGCCCUAUGAAUCCAUCGAUGAACAAAGAGUGGACCCCGAAAAACUAUUACAAACCUACAGGAAGUCGAGGUUAUUACCCUGGAGAUCCCUCAGAACAAGGAGGCAACCAAAACUACAAUGCUGGUUCAAGUUAUUAUGGCGGUGCUGGGCCAAAAGGUGAGGCUUCAUCUAUGGAAGCAUCACGGACAACAACCUCCUCCCGAGAUGAGGCAUCAGUUUCCAUUAGCAAUGCCAGUGAUGUAGAAUCAGAGUGGAUAGAGGAAGAUGAACCUGGUGUAUACAUUACUAUCAGACAAUUAGCAGAUGGCACUAGAGAACUUCGGAGAAUGAGAUUCAGCCGAGAAAAGUUCGGGGAGGUGAAUGCAAAGCUGUGGUGGGAACAGAACAGGGAUAGAAUACAAGCUCAAUACCUUUAAACGAUACAUCAAUUUUACUUAACUAGAGAAAGCAAGUAGACUCCUUCCGGUUUUCCUUUACAUGCGGUGUUAUACCCGGAGAAUGAAGUUGAACAAUCAUCACCUCAGAUUUCAGCUGUGUUGGUGACUUUAAAUCUUUUUCAGACUUUGUUCUAGGUGGUGAAUUUCGAUUAAAUCUAUGUAUUCACUACCGCAAUUAUUUAGUUUUAAGACUCUUUAACUUUGUCAAAGUUUUAUACAUGACUUUAGGAAAAUGCCAUUUUCUCCUCUGGCGCCUUUUAAGUAUCUAUGAAACUUUUAGUCCUGA